UUUUACGCCUGUGGAGAGCUGGCGCUGAGCGCAUCACCAAACCGUUCCCACUACCACUUGCCCGGCUACAUGUGGGAGAAGAAACCUGCUGAGAGAAUCCAAGAGGAAAGAAAUAAAACCAAACAUUACUUUUUACUGCAUGGAAUAACUGCACUGAUUUGCCCCCCCUCCUCCACCAAGGCGUUAGAAGUGUAAACUAGUGAAAGUUAGAUGCCUGAGAGGAAAAUUGCAAGUCUGGACUGAACGACAAUGGAAUUUGUGAUCUCGUAACCUCGAGAAAUAACGUUAUCUGUCUCGGCUAAUUUGUCUGCGUAUAGAAGCACCGGUUGCGGACAAAUUGGAUACACUGAAUGAAAGCAGUGAAAACGCGUUUGCUUGGCUGUAAAGAAGAGUAAACCAGCGUUUUGGGCAAGUGACUGAAGAGUUGCACACGGGACAAGGUCUGGUCUAAUCCUCUUUGGAGCCAUGGAAAGGUUGGGAAUGGCAGGAAAAGAGGAUUGAACUUCCACAGGUUGUGUCCAGAAGGAUGUGUUUUUAAACCCAAGCUGCUGAGUGGUCAAGAGGUGACAUGCCUCUAUAAAACACCACUGGAAACAAAUGCUCUGCUGCCAUGCCUACGGGGAUGGUGCGUCGUCUUUCAGUGUCAGCAGUCCAAACGCUGCUGUCGGUCCUGCUGCUAGCUGUCGGCUGGCCCUUCACUUCAUUACCCAAUGGUGUUGUCAAAGGAUCAGACUCCUCCCCCUCCAGUCUUUAUCCCACAUUUGUUCGGAAUGACACUCUGUUUGAGCACUUGGCCCUGCAUCCCGACACCAGAGUGGGUCGGGUCUACAUCGGGGCCCGAGAUUACCUGUUCCAGUUAGAUGAAUUCCUCCAACUUGAGCUUCAGGAUGACACUGGACCUGUCACAGACAGUCGGGAGUGCUUACCUCCCGUAACUGAGAGCAACUGCCCUCAGGCUAGGGUCACCAGCAACCACAACAAGCUCCUGCUGGUUGACCCUUACUCCAUGGAGCUUAUUACGUGCGGGAGCGUCAACCAAGGGAUCUGCCAGAAACGUAGUCUGGAUUCUGUGGAUAUGGUACUUUUCUCUACAGAGAGGCCUGUGGAUACCCAAUACGUAGCAGCUAACCACCCCAACAUUAGCACCGUGGGACUUGUGGUUCGCUCUCAUCCUGACAGGCAGCCGGUGCUAUUUGUGGGCCGGGGUUACACCAGCAGCCAUCCUCCUAUUUCCACACGAAAUCUUGCCCAGGAACCAGUCUUUUCUUACGAGGAGACUGCCAAAUUGGCUGUUGCUGGUCGUCUCUCAGAAUACGACCAUCAUUUUGUAGCAUCAUUUGCCCAUCGUCAGCACGUAUACUUCCUCUUCUACCGGCGGGACUUAAAGUCACAGUCACGCGAGUACCGCACCUAUGUGUCUCGUGUUUGUUUGGAUGACCAGGCCUAUUACUCCUAUGUGGAAAUACCCUUGACAUGCCGUUCCGGGGCAGGAAAAAUUUACAACCUCUUGCAAGCUGUCCAGCUAGGGCUCACCAAGGAUGGUGUAGUAGGUCAAGGCCCAGUAAUUCUUGGUGUCUUUUCCACUCGUUUGGCAUCAUCAACUCGGCCCAGUGAGGACUCUGCCCUCUGCAUGUUUAACCUCGAAGAGGUGGACCGCAGGAUUAAUUCCACCAGGGAUGUGUGCUACACACAGAUGGGUAAGGAAGCAGGAGUGGAGGCAGCAUACAUCGAGUACGAAGUCAAAUCCAACUGUGCCAACCUGCCAGAGAACACUCUGGACGCCUACCCAUGCGGCUCUGACCACACCCCCAGCCCGAUGGCCAGCAGGAUGGCCGUAGAAGCAGAGAUCAUAUUGGACAGCCCGUCUGCCCGUCUCACUGCUGUUGCUGUCAGCGUAAGGGCGGGACAUACUAUUGCCUUCCUGGGAGACUCCAAAGGGAACCUGCACAAGGUGUUCCUGGGGCCAAACGGCGAAGUGGGGGAGUACGCCGUCAUCUCCAUUCAGCAGAACGCAGCUAUCAGUUCAGACCUCAUCCUGGACCAGAAAGAGGAACAUCUCUUCAUCAUGACUCAUAACAUGUUGCAGAAGAGGCCGGUGGCUGAAUGCCAGCAGCACCCAGACUGCCACUCCUGCCUGCUGGCCCACGACCCCUACUGUGGCUGGUGUGUCCUGGAGGGAAGGUGCAUUUUGCGCUCAGAGUGUUCUCGUGGGAACCAGCAAGGUCAGUGGCUAUGGAGCUUUGACAUGGAGCAGCAGUGUCUGGCCGUCCAGGACCUCAACCCAUCCAACGUCAGCAGGGAGGAGAGCAGGAUGGUGUCUCUGUCAGUCCCAGGACUUCCAGUGUUAGAGAAAGAUGAGUCCUACUUCUGCUUCUUCCAGGACAGCCGUAGCCCCGCCGUUAUCACAGAAUACGGGGUAACCUGCCAUUCUCCAGACAUCAGCCAAGUGCCUCUGGUGCCUCCAGGACAGGACUUUGUCACAGUCACCCUGUCUCUUCGCUUUGGCGAUGUCACAGUCACAGAGAGAGAUUUCACCUUCUACGACUGCACGGCUGUUAAGCAGCUGUCUGGCAGCAUGCCUUGCCGUGGUUGUGCUUUAAGCCGAUGGGGCUGCAACUGGUGUGUUCACCAGCACUUGUGUACCCACAAGCCCACCUGUGAGGAGGGGGUGAUCAUCUACAACCAACAUUUUAAACUCCCUACCUCAGCUCCUCCCACAACCAAACCUUUUAAAGUCCUCACAACACCCACUACCACAACAGCUGCCCUGACAACCACAACCAUGACAACAACCACCAUGUCACCAACAACAACAACUGUCGCUGCAACGACAACCGCAAACCCUGUCACUGUGGCAACCACUCAGCAGCCAACCACCCUUCCUGCGCCCACUAUUCCACCUACAACCACCACCAGCCCUGAGCCAACCACCCUGCCCACCACCCUGCCCCCUCAGCCUGCCAGCACCCUGCCAUCUACGCCACCAGCACCCACUACACCUCUACCCCCAGAGGUCUCCACCAGGAAGGAAGAAGAGACUGAAGCACGAGAGCUUGUUGUUGUCACCCAAAGUGACACAGACGGUGCUGCGAUUACACCCAGUGUUGUCAUGGUAGCCGUCACCAUGGCUGAUGGUGAUCUGGAGCCUGUGAUGCCUUUGAUCAUCCCGCCCCAUGACCUGGACUCCUCUUCCCUGGAGGUGGUGACAAACUCGCCCCCCAGCAACACCCAUGAAGCUGAGGGAGCUUUGAGCCUGGCAGAGCCUCCCACCCUGGCCUCAUCUGACUUCCCCCUGCCCACGCCCUUCCCUGUGGCUGAACCAGUGGACUCUCAACCCUCCCUUGACCUAGACUUGACCCAGACUCCCACUCCAAUGCCCACACAAGGCUUCCAGACUGAAGCAAGAAGCCCAGGCCCUGACCAUGAGGACCCUCAGGAAGAAGUAGACGUCCCCGCUGAGAGUGCCGUCCAGUCAGAAAAUGACACGGCCACAUUUUCAGCUGCCACUGUGUUGUCGGGCGAUGGUGAGGUUGAUCACACCUCCCCAUCCUUCUCCCACAUGGUGGAUACUGAUUUAGAGCUGGACUACCAGAAUGAUCCAGCUGAUGCCUUCCUCCCGGGGGACGAGGGCUCCUAUGUCAGCUGGGGUUCCUCCGCUUGUCCCUGUGUGGAGAAGGUCCAGGGUUCAUCACUGCUCCCCGUCAGAGUGGAGAGGAAGAUCACCUUACUGGCCCGCAACCUGCACCUCUAUCAGGACACAGAGCUGGACUAUGAGUGCGUGUUGGUCAUCGAGGGGCAGACCGUGGUGGUGGAUGCCUACGUAGAGACUGAUGACAUGAAUCCAUCGAACUUUGACAUCACCUGUCAGCUACACCAGUACACAUAUUCUGCUCCAGUGGAGGAAUACAAUGCCAUGGUGUAUGUGAAGAGGAGGGACACCUUCCAUGUGGACAGUUCUCCUGAUCUAUAUGUGACUCUGUACAACUGCUCUGUGAGCCGCUCUGAUUGCAGCCGCUGCCAUACUGCUGACCAGAAGUAUGGUUGUGUGUGGUGUGGCGGUGCUCAUGCCAGCUGUUUGUAUUCAGACUCCUGCAGUGAACCGGUCCAGCAGACAUGCCCUGCCCCUGUCAUCCACUCUAUUGAGCCACUCUCUGGUUCAUUAGAAGGCGGCACCAUGGUAACCAUCUCAGGCUCCAACCUGGGCCAGAAGGCGGAAGACAUCCUCCACUCUGUGUCAGUAGCUGGGGUGGACUGCACUGUCAUCCCCAGCCUCUACGAGGUCUCCUCCAGGAUUGUGUGCAGAACCAAAGCCAGUGGAGGAGAGAAGAAGGGCCAAGUGUCUGUUGAAGUGAGUGGAGGAGAGUUGGGCCUGUCCAGCGAAAUAUUCAGCUACCAGGACCCCUUUGUUAUGGGGGUCUUUCCUGGAAGGGGGCCCAAAGCUGGAGGAACAUCCCUGACAAUCACUGGCCGAAACCUGCUGACAGGACGUUCCUCUGACCUCACCAUCACUGUGGGAGGGGUGCCCUGUAAAAUUGUGUCAGAGGUGCAGAGCUCCAGUGUUCAGUGUGUGACAGGCAGCAGUAAUAAGACCGGAAAUCACAAGGUCACCCUGCAUUAUGGCAGCAGCCAGCGCCACCUCCACAGUUCAAACUACUGUUACACCGACAACCCCAACAUCACCCACGCCACACCGGCAAAGAGCUUUCUGGCUGGCGGUCGGCUGAUCUACGUGUGGGGCGAAUACCUGGAUGUGGUGCAGGAGCCGCAGAUGGUGGUGGCUGUCUCUCCCCUUGAGUCGGUCAGCCCGAAUAAAAGGAAGAAGCGAAGGAGAAGGAAGAGGAGGAGUGGAGAGCAAGGGGAGGACCGGGAGAAGACUUUGAGAAGGCCAGCGAGGAUGGUUCCUGACCCUGUCUGUCCCAGAGACCCACUCUGCUCUGUUGUCAAACAGUUCACGGAGCGCUGUAGGGUAAACUCCUCUUCCCUGAUCCUGUGCCGCUCUCCUAUGGUGGACUCUUCCAUCUGGGGGUCAAAGGUCACAGUAGAGUUUCUGCUGGACAACCUGCGCUUUGGCUUCAGCAGUCUCAACCCCCAGACCUUCAGCUACGAGCCCAACCCCGUCCUACGGCCCCUGAACCAACAGGACCCUUUAAAGGCCUACCGCUACAACCCCGGCAGCUUCAUCCAGCUGGAGGGGGAAAACCUGGACCUGGCUAUCACUAAGGACGAGGUGGUAGUGUUGGUCGGGGAGGGUGUGUGUGCUGUUAAGACCCUGACCAGAAACCAUCUGUACUGCGAGCCUCCGCCUCAGCAGCCUGCACCUGGACCCAACGGCAAGAAACGUGAAGGCUCUGACAACCUGCCCGAAUUCACAGUCCAAAUGGGCAACCUGAACUUCUCCCUGGGUAAGGUUCAGUAUGACAACCUCAGCCUGUCCACUUUUCCCCUGGAGGCUCAGAUUGGAGUUGGAGUCGGGGCGUCCAUAGUAGCCCUCAUCGUCCUCAUCAUUGUGCUCAUUUACAGGAGAAAGAGUAAGCAGGCUCUGAGAGACUACAAGAAGGUCCAGAUCCAACUGGAGAACCUGGAGACCAGCGUGAGAGACCGCUGCAAGAAAGAGUUCACAGACCUGAUGACAGAGAUGAUGGACAUGUCCAGUGACCUGGUGGGCUCUGGCAUCCCUUUCCUUGACUAUCGGAUGUACGCUGAGCGCAUAUUCUUCCCCGGCCACCGGGAAUCUCCGCUGAGACGGGACCUGGACGUUCAGGAGUGUCGGCGGCAGACAGUGGAGCAGGGCUUGGUGCAAUUGUCCAACCUGCUCAACAGUAAACUCUUCCUCACCAAGUUCAUUCACACUCUUGAGAGCCAGCGGACUUUCUCUCCCAGGGACAGGGCCUACGUGGCCUCCCUGCUGACGGUGGCGCUGCAUGGCAAACUGGAGUAUUUCACUGACAUCCUCAAAACUCUCCUCAACGACCUGGUGGAGCAGUAUGUGGCCAAGAACCCAAAGCUGAUGCUGCGACGAACAGAAACAGUGGUGGAGAAGCUGCUGACCAACUGGAUGUCCAUCUGCCUCUACGCUUUCCUCAGGGACUCAGCGGGGGAGUCUCUUUACAUGCUUUUCAGGGCCAUAAAGCACCAGGUAGAUAAAGGACCAGUGGACGCUGUGACCGGCAAGGCCAAGUACACACUCAAUGACAACCGCCUGUUGCGAGAGGACGUGGAGUACAAGACCCUGACUCUAAAUGUUUUGGUGCAGGGUGGAGGAGUGAACGAGAGCCAGCCACUGCCCUCCAAAGUGCUGGACUGUGACACCAUUACACAGGUGAAAGAGAAGCUCCUGGAUCAGGUGUACAAGGGCACCUCCUUCUCCCACCGACCCCACGGCGAGUCAUUGGACCUUGAGUGGCGGUCUGGUGUUGCCGGUCAUCUCAUCCUGUCGGACGAGGACUUGACGUCUGUGGUUCAAGGCAACUGGAAACGCCUCAACACACUGCAGCACUACAAGGUCCCAGACGGUGCAACAGUAGCACUGGUUCCUCGCCACACCAAAAACAUUCACCAUGACAACCAUGACUACGUGGCAGGAGAGAAGACUCCAAUGCUGGAGGAUGCAGAUGAAGGCGGAGUGAGGCUGUGGCAUCUAGUGAAAGCUAGUGAAGAGCCUGAGCUGCCCAAACACCGCAGAGGCAGCCUGAGGGAGAGAGAGAGGGCCAAGGCCAUCCCUGAGAUCUACCUGACCCGCCUGCUGUCCAUGAAGGGGACGUUGCAGAAGUUUGUAGACGAUCUGUUCACCGUGAUCCUCAGCACCAGUCGUCCUGUCCCGCUGGCUGUCAAAUACUUUUUUGACCUGCUGGACGACCAGGCAGGACAACACGGCAUCUCUGACCCAGAGACCAUCCACAUUUGGAAGACCAACAGCCUGCCUCUGCGUUUUUGGAUCAACAUUGUGAAGAACCCUCAGUUUAUCUUUGACGUCCAGGCGUCGGACCACGUGGACGCUGUGCUCUCUGUCAUCGCCCAGACCUUCAUGGACUCCUGCACCAUCGCUGAGCACAAGCUGGGAAGGGACUCUCCCAUCAACAAGCUGCUGUAUGCCAGAGACAUCCCCCGCUACAAACAGAUGGUAGAAAGGUACUAUGCUGACAUCAGGCAGACCAUCUCAGCCAGUGACCAGGAGAUGAACUCUGCUCUGGCUGAACUGUCCAGGAACUACUCUGGAGAGCUGAAUUACCUGGUCGCACUGCAUGAGCUGUACAAGUACAUCAACAAAUACUAUGACCAGAUCAUUACGGCACUGGAGGAGGACACCACGGCCCAGAAGAUGCAACUGGGCUACAGAUUGCAGCAGAUCGCAGCUGCCGUGGAGAAUAAAGUCACCGACUUGUGACAGAGGAAACACCUACCAGAGCCUUGGCAGAGUAGGUUAGGAGCGUGAAAGUGAAUUAAGAGACUUGCACCCUGCGGGUUGAGUCGAAAAGCAGGAGAGCAAGAGACAGACAAAUAAGAAGACAGUACCAACCUUCCUUUCAGGAGGAAGGGUUGGAGUCGAGGAGCCGUGAGCUUUCAGUUCACAUUCCAGCACCUUCUGUCCUGUUUUGUUGUUGGCUAAGGAGACAUCGGUCAGACGCUGAGCUCUCUGUAGUAGCAGGACAACACGUGGACACAGAACAAAAAAGAAAGAGGGGAUGUGUAAAAGACUAGUCGGGCCUGCUGUCCCUCCAUUGACUUUCUGAAGAGACAUUUGGAGGAAGAACUGAGUGUUUUAACUCUCAAACUUUUCCAUCUUACACAGCAGCUCUCGUGCAAAGGAAACCAGCUGCUCCAUAGUCAGCUGAUCUGAUCUGAAAAAUUAUUAAAGAAGGAUUUUAUGUCAGUUUC